AUGCUUUCCGAAUCCUUCGUUGCGUCGACGCUGCUAUCCGCUAAAUCUCCGGCCGCCACGCUGAGGGAUGUCGGGAUUUGCGUGCAGGAAUUUCAGCCUUCGCCCCAGCUGCGGUCCACCUUCAAGAAGAGCUCGACCACGGCUAAUUGCCUGGCUGUGAGCCCGUCGCAUAUAUUUUCCGCCCAGGCCGAGAAGGCCGUCGUCCAUGUCUACAGCCGGGAGAAGGGAAAUCAGGAAGCUCUCGUGCCCUUUCCGGAGCGCAUUCGCAGCAUUGCGGUGGCCGGUGCCAAGUAUGGCGACGUGUUAGUCCUCGGCACGGAAGGUGGGCGGCUGAUCCUCUGGGAGACCUGCACCGGACGCCAAGUGGCUACCACAGCCUCCCAUCUUCAACCCGUUACCUCCCUCGUCGUUGACCCCACAUCCAACUUCAUCCUGUCUGGCUCCUCAGACGCAGCCAUACAUGUCUGGUCGCUGUCUGGAAUUCUGUCAUUCUCAAAGCCGGCGCUCAGCCACAACCGCCAACCACCCAAUGCGCCCAUUCGCACCUUUUCCAACCAUCGAGCGGCGAUCACCGCUCUCGCAGUCGGACACAGCAAUGGCCGACAUAACAUAGCUGUGUCAACAGCCAAGGACAAUACAGCAAUCAUAUGGGACUAUAAUACGGGGCGUGUGCUACGGACAUUCCUCCUUCCUGCUUCCGCGACAUGCGUGGCGCUGGAUCCCGUUGACAGGGCUGGCUACGUCGGCUAUGAAAACGGAAGUGUGCAGUUAAUAGAUUUCUAUCGCGGUACCACUGUGCAGCACCCGCUUCACGACGCCUCGCUCCAAUCAAUCCCGGCACAGGUAUCGGGCGAAGACAGAUGGUUGCCCCCCGCUGCCGACUCGGGUACGACCCGGGCCCUGUCCCUGUCCUACGACGGUACCACACUCCUCUCGGCACACGAUGGCGGCAAAGUUUUGUCCUGGAAUAUUGCUCGCCGGAAAUUUGCGACCACAGUUGCCGAUUACACACACCCCGUCACCAAUUUGGUCGUGUUGCCGCCGAGUGGCCUGCAGCAAGCCUCCAAGGAGUUGAAGAGGACGAUUCACACGGUUGUCAAACCCCGUCAUGAUAAUGCCUUCGCCGAUCCUUCUCAUGCCCCCGGUGCUGUACCAGUCGACUACGCAUUCAACACUCACCUCCUCGCACCAUUACAAUCCCGAUCUGGCAAACCCUCACUUUUUGCUCAGGCCCUCACACACACAUGUUUCCCCGACUCCAUGAUCGACGACGGCCUCGCUGAGCUAGCUGCACUCCGCACAUCUGGUGGAUCUGACGUCGCUCGUACUGUCCCUGGCGUUUCUACCCCCUCGAACAGUGCAGAGGACGUGGCCGCCCGAGAGGGCCACGUCACUGAGCUCGAAGCCGAAAUAGCCAUGCUCAAGAAGAAGGCAGCGGUGAAUGAUACAGCUCGACACGCAACUGCCGAUGAGGUUGUGCAAUUGCGCUCGGACCUCGCCAACUUGCAGGAUUACAUCAAUGAACUGCAUGAGAAGCAGGAGGCUGCUCAACGUGACAAGGCCCUGCGGCAAGCAAGGAGGGAGGAACGUGAGACCAAGAGAAGGGAAGCUUGGUUAGCUGCUGAGAAGAAAGGGCGCAACGGGGAUGCAGUUAUGAAGAAGAUGGAGAUUGAUGAUGGGGAUGUGACUAGCGACUUAGAUGAUCUGGGCGAUGAGUAA